AUGUGGAAGCUUUUCGAGAGACGCUGCAACGAGCAACAGUGCCAUCCUGCGUUGGUAGACCAUGCACUGCCAGCGUCUAAUGGUCGUGCCAAGAGCUAUGCUGAAGUUUUGCAUCAGGUCGAGAGACUGUCACCAUUUCUGGAAUCUGUACGAAGUCUUUGUGGCCCCACGGAAAGGAGCCUUGCCGUUUGCUUUGAAAGGACUUGCUUUGCAGCAGUGGUGUCCUUGCUUACAGCUCUGCGCAUACACAGUCCGUAUGUUCCUCUCAGCACCGAUUGUCCUGGGGUUGGGAGACCCAUCCAGCGGAUAGCAAUAAUGCUGAAAAUGGCAUCCGUUUGCUGCAUUCUGUGUGGUUCCAGUCUCGUGGGUUUCUCGAGGUCUGCAUGGGAGGCAUUUCGUGAAAGUGAUGCCGACAAGCACGUGAUCGAUGUGGAGGCUUUCAUUGAGAAGCAGGGGUCGGCUGUAGCUGCCGUACCAGGUCAAGCUGCAAAUGCUGCACCUCCGGACAGCCAGGACACUAUUCACAUCAUUUUCACAUCCGGUUCCACAGGCCGCCCGAAGGGGGUGCGGGGUCUUCACUCUGCGACGCUCAACCGACUGCACUGGCAGUGGACUAAGUUUCCUUGGAAGGAUGGAGAAGUGGCAUGUGCUAGAACUCCCCUGGUGUUCAUCGAUCAUGUGGCUGAAAUCUUUGGAUCUUUGUUGGCGGCGAAGGGACCUGUCUUGGUAUGUCCGUUAUCAACUUCGCACUCUGCUGGCUUAUUGAUAUCGCUUCGUGAGUUUGCAGUUACGAGGAUCGUUCUGACGCCCACACUGUUGGGCAUUCUUCUUGCCGAAGCCAUGAAUCUCGAGAAGAGUCCCUGGAGGUCAUUGCGAAUGCUGACUUGCUCUGGGGAACUGCUGACGAGAAGCCUGGUUGCGCAAGCACGCGUCCAAAUUCCGGAAGGUUGCAAGCUUCUGAACAUUUACGGUUCUACAGAAAUGGCUGGUGAUGCCACAUGUGCAGAAUUGCCGUUCGAUGAUGUAGCAGAUCACACGGCUUUGUUGGUGCCGUGUGGCAGAGCAAUUGACGGUGUAAACGUGCUUCUGAGACAAGAGACCGUAGCUCACGACAUUUUGAACUCGUCGGACGAUGUCAGAAUCGGAGAAGUGUAUGUGACAGGCGAGUGUUUGGCUGGCGGAUACUGUGGCGAGCUUGGGGAAGUCGACGCUUUCCCUUCCGUCGAUGGCAAGCGUUGCUUUCGCAGCGGGGAUCUGGCCAUCUGGCGGGAUGCGAAAAACAAAGAACAAACCUUGUACGUUUUGGGGCGCUCGGGUCAGAUGGUGAAGGUCCGAGGGCAGCGCGUGGAGCUGUCCUCCGUGGAAGCCGCUCUUUGCUCGAGGGAGCUCGCCGAGAGCCUUCAAAAAAACUGGGCUCACGCUGAGGACUCCGUCAUUUUCACGGAGUCCGCGUGCUGGCUCUCGGAUUCCUUAGACCAGGCGGACCAGGGCCCGCCUGAGCUUGUGGCCUUCGGCGUCUUGGCUCCUGGUCUAAGGCAGUCACAUGAACUGAUGUCUUCGGUCCGCCAGGAAUUGGCAAAGUUGCUUCCUUCCGCGGCAGUUCCUGCAGUCAUCACUCCUGUGGGCUCUUUGCCGAAGCUUGCAAGUGGGAAGGUCGAUCGCCGUGCGCUGAUCAUACAGAGUCGCUCAGAGACCUUUCCACGUAUCCAGAGCCGCGAGGAAGUGUCGCAAAUGGAGACGGUCCUGAGAGAGAUUUGGCAAAGCUGCUUGAACCCGCAUUCGGUGUCGCUUGCACCCGCGCCAGAUGGUCAAUCCUUUUUUACCGCUGGUGGCGAUUCAGCGGGCUUGAUGAAGUUGGCUUCGCGACUGCGACAAGUCUGCCUCGAAGAAGCCCCCGAUUUUGAUGAUGUGGUGGCAGCCGCCUCCAUCUCAUUUUCUGCUUUGCUGCAGCUUCUGUCAAGCCCGGAUCGGACAGGUAAGCGACGGCGUGUGGCUGCAGACCAUGAAGAAGAUGCAGAUGGCUCUGGUAGUAUCCUCCAGAGCAGUCAACCCGAGCCGAGCGAGCGGAGCUCGCCGAGUGGCUUGGGUCUCGCUGGUGCAGCAAGAGGCUGGAUCUGCCACACGCGUGGGGGCUCCUGCUUUGCGCCUGCCUCCGCAUUCUCUCGGGCCUUGAACGGGGUCCGCAUGCUUUGGCGAGGAGAUUUGCAGCAGUGCGUGGAUGCGCCUCCAUUGGUUGUUCUGGCAACUGCUCGGGAUCGUGUUCAACCAAAGGCUUGGCUGCUCGUGGGAUCUCACUCGAAGCAGCUGUGCUGCUUUGAAGCCGAAACUGGUGUGGAACACUGGCGGAUGACUCUUUCAGACCGUAUUGAGGGUGGCUGUGCCUGUUCAUGCACAGCCGAUCGCUUUCAAGCAUACGUAGUGUGCUACGACGGGAAUAUGCAUUGCAUUGCGAUCGAAUCCGGUCACCUGCUAUGGUCAUCGUCCAUAGCAUUGCCUACAGAUGAAAACACAGAGAUCAAGAGUGCUCCAGUCGUUCACGACGACAUGGGCAUCGUUGUCGCUGGCACGCAUGGCGGUGCAGCUGCCGGCCUUUCAGCACUUAAUGGGCAUUUGCUUUGGCGCUUGCAGUUGCCGGGUGCCAUCUUUGCAGCUCCCCUUCUCGUACCACGCAGUGAUGAAAUGUAUGUUUGCUUGACGAGGGGCCAGGCGGUCUUCAAAUUUUGCUGCAACGCGUCGACCAGCGAGGACCUCACAAGCACGCCCGAACAGCUUUGGUCUCUCCGGAUGGCCUCACCAAUCUUCGCGGCUGUCUUCGUUGAUGCGUUGGCAUCCCUGCUGGUGGUAGAGGUGGAGGGAAGGCUGCAGAUGCUUGCAGAGCAAGGGCCGCAGGGAUCCCUGCGGCGGGCGUCGCGGCGGGGCCCGCGGCGGGCCUGGAGCCGCGCUUUGGAUGGCCAGGCCUUCGCUGCCCCGUGCCUUCGCAAAGACCAUCGUUUGGCCUUCAUCGGCACGCAUGGCGGCAGCGUGUCGGCAAUUCGCCUGACUGAUGGCAGCGUCAUGUGGCGAUGUGAAGUGGGAGACGUGGUCUAUGGCUCACCUUUCUUGGUGAACUGUGAGGGCUCCAGCGGACCUGCAGAGUCUGCAGAGCAGCUCGAGAUCGAAGAUUCACUUCUGUUUAUCGCGACCCGCUGCGGAGCCCUCUGUGUUCUGGAUGCGGCCCAUGGCACGCAUAUCGCACGUACUCAGUUGGAGGGAGAGGUGUUUUCAUCCCCUGUUGCUUGGUGCACUCGUGCAGGGCAUGCCCGCCAACAGGAGGAGUCGAGUUUCUUGAAUAGCAUCGAAGAUCUUGUGCACAUUUUGCCAAAUCCGCUGAUGCAGCUCGGGAGCGCUGCAAAGCCAAAAAAUGCUGCCGCCGCGACUGUUGAUGCUUCAACUCCGCGCAAUGUCUUCUUUCGCAGCAUUCACAGGCUGCGAGUCGAGUUGAGCUACGACGGUCCGGAUGAAGUUGGCCACGCAGAGGCAGAGGUGUGGGCUUCGGAGAUGCCGCCUGUUUCUGCAGAAUGCAGAAUCCAGUGCUGCCGGCUACAGCUGGUGGAGGUCCUUUCUGGACUGCUGCAAAGCGAGCAUGCAGAGGCUUCGGGAGCCUCGGCAUUUCUCGAAGAACUCCGGCACGUGCAAGCUGAAGUUGAAGACGAUCGUCUAGCAGGCAUCGUCGAUGAUGUCAGCGGGCAGGUCGCUGAAGCCGUGUCGCGACAGGACUGGUAUGAGUCCUGGGGAAAGCACUACUUGCGAUCCUUAUCUCGAGCCCAUCUGGCACAGCUCUGCAACAACUUCAAGGAUCCUGGUGUGCAGCCGUACGGAGGGGAUCUUUUCCGAGAGGUCAGAGAUGCAGCAGACGACGUUUUCUUGAAGAUACCGGCUCCAAACCCCGCUGCAUUCGACAACGUCGAGGCAUUGAAAGCAAUGGGCUUCGAGGAGGCCGAGGUGCGGCGUGCUCUGGAUUACGCUUACAAUGACGUAUCCAUGGCAGCCACGUAUCUUAUGGAAGGUUUCCCUGUCCAUCGGCCGCCACCCGCACGCGGUGCUGGGUCGCCGUCGCCGACAGCUGUGGACAUGUCUGUGUACUACGACGCUUCAGGCGGAUAG